GUAGAAAAUUAGCAAAGGGGAGAAAAGAGGGGGGGAAAUCACAGAGAGAUGAUGAUUCAUUUUCACCUGAAGAUUGGGUAUGAUGGUGGACUCUUGUGAUCCAAAACACAUAAUUUAAAAGCCACCCAAUCUCUUUCUCCUCCUCGAGAAAACCCAUAAAACAAUUACUAUCUCUUUCCCCUUUGUUUUUUUCUCUUGUCAAAUCCUUCCCUGCGAGUCUGGUCGGCAGAAGCAAGCUCACAAGCACACUCUUAAAAGCCCAUUAACAAGCUCCCUUCCUUCAUAUCCUUACACUUGCUUACUCAAUUCUUACUAAGAUCUCUACCCUUUGAAUAGUUUUGUAACUUUUGUGUUUUGUAAAGCUAAGGUUUGUGCUUUACUCUGUUUCUCCCUGACAGAAUUUAUGUUUGAAGCAAAACUUAGAGACGGUUAUACCCAGGUUCUUCAAAUCCCAAAACUACAUAGUGGUCCAAUGAUUAGGGAGUUUCAAGUUAUGAAUCCCCCCAAGGAACAAAUGAGAGUGGCAGAAAAAUGUUUAGAUUCACAAUUAUGGCAUGCUUGUGCUGGUAGCAUGGUUCAAAUGCCAGCAGUUAACUCGAAAGUUUUCUAUUUUCCUCAGGGUCAUGCUGAACAUGCUCAGGGGAGUGUGGAUUUUGGUCAUUUUCAGAUUCCUGCACUAAUCCCUUGUAAGGUAUCGGCUAUUAAGUACAUGGCAGAACCUGAAACUGAUGAGGUUUAUGCCAAAAUUAGGCUAACCCCAUCCAGUAAUAGUGAUUUAAUGUUUGGAGAUGGUUGUGGUGAAGAUAGUGAUGAUAGGUCGCCUAACGGGAUUGAGUCUCAAGAGAAGCCUGCUUCUUUUGCCAAGACAUUGACUCAGUCUGAUGCUAAUAAUGGUGGUGGGUUCUCUGUGCCACGUUAUUGCGCUGAGACUAUAUUUCCAAGAUUGGAUUACACCGCUGAGCCUCCUGUGCAGACCAUUCUUGCCAAGGAUGUGCACGGAGAGACUUGGAAAUUUAGGCAUAUUUACAGAGGGACGCCUCGUCGCCAUUUGUUGACAACUGGAUGGAGUAAUUUUGUGAAUCAAAAGAAGCUUGUGGCUGGGGACUCUAUUGUGUUUUUGAGAGCAGAGAAUGGGGACCUUUGUGUUGGAAUUAGACGUGCUAAGAGAGGGAUCGGUGGUGGAAAUGAAUGCUCAUCGGGGUGGAAUUCAUUUGGGGGCUAUUCUGGAUUUUUGAGGGAAGAUGAGAGUAAAUUGACGAGGAGGAAUGGUAAUGGGGAUAUGAAGGGGAAAGUGAAGCCCGAGUCUGUUAUUGAAGCUGCAUCUCUUGCAGCCAAUGGGCAGCCUUUUGAAGUUGUCUAUUAUCCAAGAGCGAGUACUCCAGAAUUUUGUGUAAGGGCCUCAGCUGUGAGGACUGCAAUGCAUAUUCAGUGGUGUCCAGGGAUGAGGUUCAAAAUGGCAUUUGAGACCGAGGAUUCGUCUCGGAUUAGCUGGUUCAUGGGAACUAUAUCUUCUGUUCAGUUUGCUGACCCCAUCCGCUGGCCAAAUUCUCCAUGGCGACUUCUACAGGUAGCAUGGGAUGAGCCAGAUCUACUGCAGAAUGUGAAGCGCGUUAGCCCAUGGUUGGCUGAACUGGUAUCAAACAUGCCAGCCAUUCAUCUCUCACCCUUCUCACCUCCAAGAAAGAAGUUGAGACUUCCACAACCCCCGGACUUUCCCUUACUCGGUCAAAUUCCAAUGCCAUCAUUUACCGGCAUCCCGCUUAGGUCGAACAGUCCCUUAUGCUGUGUCUCAGAUAACAUUCCUGCAGGCAUACAGGGAGCCAGGCAUGCACAAUUUGAACUAUCUUCAUCAGAUCUCCACUUCAACAAACUGCGGUCAGGACUGUUCCCAGUUGAUUUCCAGCGACGUGUUCAUGCUGCCUCGCCUUCUAGGAUCUCCAGUAGUAACUUCAUGGGCAAUACUAAAAAAAGUGAGAAUAUUUCUUGCUUGCUGACAAUGGGAAAUUCCUCACAGAGUUUGAAGGAAAGCAGUGAAACAAAGACACCCCACUUUGUACUGUUUGGUCAGCUUAUUGUUACCGAUCAGCAGAGUUCUCAAAGCUACUCUGGUGAUACAAAUGCAAACAGUUCAUCAGAUGGAAAUCUAGGGAAGGCCAGCUCUGAUGGGUCUGGUUCUGCAUUACAACAGAAUGGUCCGAUGGAAAAUUCUUCAGAUGAGAGGUCUACUUGGUACAAGGAUCACCAAAAAACUGAUCUUGGCCUGGAGACUGAUCAUUGCAAGGUGUUCAUGGAAUCAGAGGAUAUUGGUCGAACCCUAGACCUAGCAGUCCUUGGUUCGUAUGAAGAGCUGCACAGAAAGUUGGCUAGUAUGUUUGGCAUUGAGAGUUCAGAGAUGCUGAGCAAUGUGCUUUACCGGGAUGCAGCUGGCACCACCAAACGUGCUGGAGAUGAGCCCUUUAGUGAGUUUUUGAAGACAGCAAGAAGGUUAACAAUUCUUUCAUAUGCAAGUAGAGACAACUUCGGAAGGUAGACAAUGAGGAACUUCCAUCGAAUUGUACAGUUAGCAAGUCAUUUGUUUUGAUUGUAACUUUUCACGUAUUUUGUCUAUCGGGAGUUGUGGGAUAAGUCCACUCCAUCCACUUUUGGGAUAUGCUUUAACUUUCCAAUGAAAUGACUUUUAUGUUCA